UCCGGUACGGCAAUUGCCCCUGGGCGCUGGCCAACAAGCGUCGCAAUCUGCGAAACAACCUGGACCCAACGGAAGAACGCCUCCGCUGGGGUCAUUACUUGUGGAUGCAGGUCUGAUUGCCAUGCAGUUACCGGCUUCGCAGUGAUGAGUGACCCAAGCACCGGCCCGCAAAACAAAUGUCCGCCAAGUAGGCUGGCUAGUGGGUACAACCUCAAGCUGAGAAUCGUGAGUUAUAAAGGUGGGAUGCUUUGCCGUUCUUCUAAUAUCCAAGCCUCGACUUGACAUUCAUUCACCCUUCCAACUUCAGUCUCUCUUUUCAAAGCAAACUGUGUUUGCAUCCAUUCAUUUCUGCAUCUAUCUACUAGACAAUGAAGUUCUCCAUCUUUACCGCCGUUGCGGCGCUUGCUGGCUCAGCGUUCGGUGCUGAUGCUGUUAAGGGCGCUGCUGAGGGUUUCGCCAAGGGCGUUACUGGUGGUGGCUCUGCUGCCCCCGUCUACCCUUCCACCACUGCCCAGCUCAUCAGCUACCUCGCUGAUGCUUCCCCCCGUGUCAUUGUCUUGACCAAGACCUUCGACUUCACUGGAACUGAGGGCACCUCUACCUCUGCUGGCUGCGCUCCCUGGGGAACUGCCAGCAACUGCCAGAAGGCCAUCAACAAGGACAACUGGUGCGGCAACUACCAGCCCAACGCCCCUAAGGUCUCUGGCCUCAAGUACGACAAUGCCGGUGUUCUCGGUAUGACCGUUAAGAGCAACAAGUCUUUGAUCGGUCAGGGCUCCAAGGGUGUCAUCAAGGGCAAGGGUAUCCGCAUGGUCUCCGGCGUCAAGAACAUCAUCGUCCAGAACGUCCGCUUCACUGAUAUCAACCCUCAGUACGUCUGGGGUGGUGAUGCCAUCACCAUCGACGGUGCCGACCUUAUCUGGAUCGACCACGUCACCACCGACCUGAUCUCCCGCCAGCACAUUGUCCUCGGUAACGGUGCCUCCGGCCGUGUCACCAUCUCCAACAACGAGAUCAACGGUGCCUCCUCGUGGUCUGCUACCUGCGACGGUCGCCACUACUGGGGCCUGUACUUCACCGGUUCCUCCGACACCGUCACCUUCAAGAACAACUACGUCCACCACACCUCCGGCCGCUCCCCCAAGGUUGCUGGCAACACCCUCCUCCACGCCGUCAACAACUACUUCUACGCCAUUGCUCACGCUUUCGAGGCUGACUCCGGCGCCCAGAUCGUUGCUGAGGGCAACGUCUUCCAGAACGUUGACCAGCCUGCUCAGGCCGGUCUUCCUGGUAAGGUCUUUGCUUCCGGCUCCAACAACGCUGCUUGCAAGGCUUACCUUGGCCACAACUGCGAGAUGAACGCCUACGGUACCUCCGGCACCCUUGCCGGCACUGACACCAGCAUGCUCGCCAACUUCAAGGGCAAGAACAUUGCUUCUGCCUCCACCGCCGCCGUUGCCAAGAACGUUGUCAACACCGCUGGUUUCGGACGCAUCUAAGCUACUCGCCCGUUUUGAGCGAUAGCUGGGAGGGCUGCAAGUCCUGGUCGCUAGACGACGCUGUAGAUAACUUCAUUCUCUGUACAUACAUUAGACUUCUAUAUACCACCUUACUUGUUCUUCAACAUCACUCCUAGACUUCUUUCUCUCCACGUGAGCUACGAAACCAUGCGAAUUUGAACCGAGCGACAACCUUGCAG